AUGGGCCUCCUCCCAGUUUUGGAGUGGGCAUCCAGGAACGCAUCCUUUGGGGGGCCAAGCGGCGGGAGCGGGCCCCUCUCCGGGCCCUGGUACAGCACACACAAGACUCAGCUCUUGGGAGUUUUACUUGCUGCUGCUUCAAAUGUUCUUAUUAGUGUCUCUUUGAGUAUACAGAAAUGUGCUCAUCUCCGACUGGCUUGCCAAGCAGAGCCAAAACCCUACUACACGAGCAAGCUGUGGUGGUGUGGAAUUACCCUCCUGGGACUUGGAGAGGUGGGCAAUUUCACAGCCUAUGGAUUUGCCCCUAUUGACACUGUCGCUCCACUGGGAUGUGUGUCUGUCAUAGGUAGUGCAUUUAUUUCUGUCUUAUUCCUAAAGAAGACCAUGAGGGCUGCUGAUAUAUUGGGAGGAACACUGACAGUAACGGGGACAUACUUAUUGGUGACAUUUGCUCCAUACAUAUCCCAAGAGCUCACAGCAAGACAGGUACAGAAUUACUUAGUGAGCUGGCCUUUUUUGGUAUAUUCGAUCUUAGAAAUUAUAAUAUUCUGCAUUCUCCUCUAUUUUUACAAAAGAAAAGCUGUGAAGCACAUCGUGAUUUUGUUAAUGAUGGUAGCACUACUGGCAUCACUGACUGUCAUUGCUGUAAAGGCUGUGGCCAGCAUGAUAACACUCUCUGCAAAGGGGAAAAUGCAGCUAACUUAUCCUGUUUUCUAUAUCAUGAUUGUUUUAAUGGCAACUUCUUGUGCUUUCCAAGUCAAGUUCUUGAAUCAAGCAAUGCAUCUGUACGAAGCGACAGAAGUUGUGCCCAUUAAUUUUGUGUUCUUCACCACCAGUGCCAUCAUUUCAGGGGCCAUAUUUUAUCGGGAAUUCCAAAAUGCAGCUUUGCUGAGCAUGUUCAUGUUUCUGUUCGGGUGUCUCCUAUCUUUCCUUGGUGUAUUUGUAAUUGCAAGACAUAAAAAAAAGGCACAUUUGCAAAUUCCUUUUAUUGACUGUGGACAUGUUCCUGGACAAAAAAUGACAGGCAAAAUACAACCAGAUACUCACAGUUCACACUAUGGCACUUUGAAUAAUGAAGAUGACUCGGUGAAAAGUCAAAGCUGA